GCAGCAGGUUCCUGCUAAGUUUGGAGUUAUUGUAUCACCACUGUAUGCCUGCUUGAAGAAGUUAAAACAAGGCACUGCAGCACAAGGAGUCUGCAUGUCUGUAUAGUCAGACAUGCUCAGCUUUGUGGAUACCCGGAUUCUGUUGCUGCUUGCAGUAACUUCAUACCUAGCAUCAUGCCAAUGUAAAUCGCAAGGACCCAAAGGACCCACAGGUGACCGGGGCCCUAGAGGCGCUGAUGGAAGACCCGGACAACCUGGAUCUCCCGGCCCAGCUGGCCCCCCUGGGCCCCCUGGACUUGGUGGAAACUUUGCUGCUCAGUAUGAUGGAGCUAAAGGACCUGAACCUGGCCCUGGACCUAUGGGUCUGAUGGGAGUUAGAGGCCCACCUGGACCUCCUGGUUCACCCGGACCCCAAGGAUUCCAAGGACAUGCUGGAGAGCCCGGAGAGCCAGGACAGGCUGGUGGUCUUGGUGCUCGUGGCCCCCCUGGACCUCCUGGCAAGUCUGGCGAGGACGGUAACAAUGGAAGACCUGGCAAGCCUGGAGAUAGAGGAACAGCUGGUGCUCAGGGUGCCCGUGGUUUCCCUGGAACUCCCGGACUCCCCGGAAUGAAGGGACACAGAGGUUACAAUGGACUUGAUGGACGCAAGGGAGAGCCUGGAGCUGCUGGAGCUAAGGGUGAGAAUGGUGCCCAUGGUACCCCUGGAACCCCCGGAGCAAGAGGUGCUCGUGGUCUGAAUGGCGAGAGAGGUCGCGCUGGCCCUGCUGGCCCAGCUGGUGCUCGUGGUGCUGAUGGCAACACUGGACCCGCCGGCCCUGCUGGUCCCUUGGGAUCAGCUGGACCUCCUGGUUUCCCUGGUGCUCCUGGCCCUAAGGGAGAGAUUGGAGCUGGUGGUGCUACUGGACCUUCUGGACCUCAGGGAGCAAGAGGUGAGCCUGGUCCCAAUGGAGCUGUUGGACCCGGUGGUCCUCCUGGAAACCCCGGAGCUAAUGGUCUGGCUGGAUCCAAGGGAUCUGCUGGCACCCCUGGAAUUGCUGGUACCCCCGGAUUCCCCGGCCCAAGAGGAGGACCUGGAUCUCAGGGACCAUCUGGUCCCUCUGGCCCCAGAGGCCUGGCUGGAGACCCUGGUUCCGCUGGCGUCAAGGGAGAGAGUGGACCCAAGGGUGAGCCUGGUGCCAUGGGACCCCAGGGUACCUCUGGACCCGCAGGAGAGGAGGGCAAGAGAGGCCCAACUGGUGAGCAAGGUGCAUCUGGACCCGCUGGUGUCGCUGGACCAAGAGGUACCCCCGGAACCCGUGGUCUUCCUGGUCUUCCCGGCCGUGCUGGCCCAAUGGGCAUGACCGGUGCCCGUGGUGCAUCUGGACCUUCUGGUGCCCGUGGACCCCCUGGAGACUCUGGCCGUGCUGGUGAGCCCGGUCUGACUGGAGCCAGAGGUCUGCCUGGAAGCCCUGGCAGUGCUGGACCCCCAGGAAAGGAGGGCCCUGCUGGUCCUGCUGGACAAGAUGGCCGCUCUGGACCCCCUGGCCCAACUGGACCCAGAGGACAGCCUGGUACUAUUGGAUUCCCCGGCCCUAAGGGACCUGGUGGUGAGGGUGGUAAGCCCGGAGAGAAGGGACCCACUGGACCAACUGGUCUUAGAGGAGCCCCUGGUGCUGAUGGCAACAAUGGCCCCGCUGGACCCUCUGGACUUGCUGGUGCUUCUGGUGAGAAAGGAGAGCAGGGACCUUCUGGAUCUCCUGGUUUCCAGGGACUGCCUGGACCUGCUGGACCCGGUGGUGAGCCUGGCAAGACUGGCGAUAGAGGUAUUCCCGGAGACCAGGGUGCCUCUGGACCUGCUGGUGUGAAGGGAGAGCGUGGUAACCCUGGACCUGCUGGAUCUUCCGGCCCUCAGGGAGCCAUUGGUGCCCGUGGACCUGCUGGUACACCUGGAGCUGAUGGUGGCAAGGGAGAGCCUGGUGCUGUUGGACCUGCCGGUCAACCUGGACACCAGGGCGCUGCUGGCAUGCCCGGAGAGCGUGGCGCUGCCGGGACUCCUGGACCCAAGGGUGAGAAGGGUGAGGGUGGAUUCAGAGGCGCUGAGGGAAAUAUGGGAAGAGAUGGUGCCCGUGGUGCCCCCGGACCUUCAGGACCCCCUGGACCUGCUGGUGCUAAUGGAGAGAAGGGAGAGAGCGGAUCUUACGGACCCGCCGGCCCUGGUGGACCUCGUGGACCCCCUGGAGAGCGUGGAGAGGGAGGCCCUGCCGGACCUGCUGGAUUCGCUGGACCCCCUGGUGCUGAUGGCCAAGCUGGAGCAAGAGGAGAGAAGGGACCUGGUGGCGUGAAGGGUGAUGUUGGACCUCCCGGCCCUGCUGGACCUGCUGGCAACUCUGGACCCCUUGGAGCUGCUGGACCUGCUGGCCCCCCUGGAGCUCGUGGUGAUGGCGGUCCCCCUGGUCUGACCGGUUUCCCUGGUGCCGUUGGCAGAGCUGGCCCUACUGGCCCUGCUGGUAUUGUUGGACCUCCCGGACCCACUGGAGCCUCUGGAAAGGAUGGCCCUCGUGGAGGCCGUGGUGACUCUGGACCUGCUGGACCCCCCGGAGAGAAUGGCAUGAUCGGACCUGCUGGUCUUGCUGGAGACAAGGGAUCCCCUGGAGAGCCUGGUCCCGCUGGUUCCCCUGGUGCCUCUGGACCUCAGGGUCAGCUUGGAUCUCAGGGAUUCAGUGGUCUUCCCGGAGCAAGAGGCGAGCGUGGUCUUCCUGGUAUGGCUGGUGGUCUUGGUGAGCCUGGAAGAAUUGGACCUGCAGGUUCUUCUGGACCUCGUGGUCCCCCUGGUAACAUGGGCAUGCCUGGUAUGACCGGUCCCCAAGGAGAGGCUGGACGUGAGGGUAACCCUGGUAACGAUGGACCUCCUGGCCGUCCUGGUGCUGCCGGAUUCAAGGGUGACCGUGGUGAGCCCGGCUCUAAUGGACCUGCUGGCCUUCCUGGUAACUCCGGACCUGCUGGACCUGCUGGCGCUGUUGGCAGACCCGGAAACCGUGGUGAGGGUGGAUCCGUUGGAGCUGCUGGAGCCGUCGGACCUGCUGGUGCCAGAGGCCAAUCUGGCCCUGCUGGAGCUCGUGGUGAGAAGGGAGGUGCUGGAGACAAGGGAGACAGAGGCAUGAAGGGACUGCGUGGACACCCUGGUCUCCAGGGAAUGCCCGGACCCAACGGUCCUCCUGGUGACUCUGGUCCCGCUGGUGCUACUGGACACGCUGGACCCAGAGGCCCUGCUGGUCCCGCUGGACCUUCAGGCAAGGAUGGAAGAGCUGGAACCCACGGCCCUGUUGGACCCGUCGGUCACCGUGGUCCCCAAGGACAUAUUGGACCUGGUGGUCCUCCCGGAUCUCCCGGUCUGCCUGGACCCCCUGGUCCCGCUGGUGGCUCUUAUGACGUCUCUGGUGGCUUCGACGAGUACGCUGCUGACCAGGCUGCCCUCAGGGCCAAGGACUACGAGGUGGACGCCACCCUGAAGUCUCUGAACACCCAGAUCGACAACCUGCUCUCUCCCGAGGGCUCCAAGAAGAACCCAGCCCGCACUUGCCGCGACAUCAAGCUCGGUCACCCAGACUGGAGCAGUGGCUUCUACUGGAUCGACCCCAACCAGGGCUGCACCAUGGAUGCCAUCAAGGCCUACUGCGACUUCACCACUGGACAGACCUGCAUCCACGCUCACCCCGAGGGCAUUGCCCGCAAGAACUGGUACAGAAGCUCCCAGGAGAAGAAGCACACCUGGUUCGGAGAGACCAUCAAUGGUGGUACUGAGUUCACUUACAAUGAUGAGACCAUGAGCCCACAGACCAUGGCCACUCAGCUGGCCUUCAUGCGCCUCCUGGCCAACCAGGCCGUCCAGAACAUCACCUACCACUGCAAGAACAGCGUCGCCUACAUGGACGCCGAGAACGGCAACCUGAGGAAGGCCGUCCUGCUGCAGGGCUCCAACGACGUGGAGCUGAGGGCAGAGGGCAACAGCCGCUUCACUUUCAACGUGUUGGAGGAUGGCUGCACCAGACACACUGGCCAAUGGAGCAAGACAGUCAUCGAAUACAGAACGAAUAAACCAUCUCGUCUUCCCAUCCUCGACAUUGCACCUUUGGACAUUGGUGGCGCUGACCAAGAAUUUGGUUUGGACAUUGGCCCAGUCUGUUUCAAAUGAAUAGACUCACGAUAAAUUAAAUCCAAAAAAAAAAGAGAGAAAGAAAGAAAAAAGAAACAAUCUCUGCCCUUCUGUCUGUGUCGUUUUUUAUACCGAAUGCUGAUUUCCUCUGCACAUCCACUUGCUUAAGCUGGGCCCUAUCGGAGAGGACCAACGGACUAAAUGGAAGCGUUGCACAAUUCAAAUUAAUACAGAAGCCCAAAGAGACGCAGGAAACCAUCAUGUUGUGGGACAUGUCAUCAUUUUGUAAAAAAUAAAUGUAAUAAAAACAAUGAAAGUAUGCAUCACUUUGUGGUCUUUGUAUAUCUUCCAAAGAGGAGGUUUAAAACCACAAUUUUCAAAAACAAGGUUUAAAACUACCUCAUGCUUAUGUUCAAGAAAAUAAUAUUACAAAAACCUGAUCCACAUUUAAGAUGUAAGUGUUAAGGCUUCAAGUUUUGUCCUGUUAUCGAAGGUGCUCCAAUACUUGAAGCGGUGAUCUAUGGUGCUAUGCAGCUGUGGAGAGAACCACUUUUACUGGAUUACUUUGUAUUGUGUCUGAGGAGUCUUGCAGAGGUCUUUCCGAUAACCUCCCACUUUAAGCAGGUGGACUAAUUCUAAACCUGAUGUUUUGUCUGGUUUUAACCUGUUUGGUUUAUUUUUUGUUUCGACCUUUUUUGGUUUUCAUUUUUGUUUUGUUUUGUUUCUAUUUAGUUCUGUUUCAAGGAAUUGCAUUACUUCAGUCCCCCCCUAGUCUUUAUGUUCACAGCACAUUUCGUCCAUUUGAAUGGGUUUAGCAGGCCUCUCUCUUUCUCAAAACAAACUACAAAGUUUAUUGUACCUAUUUUGUAUAUGUGAGAUGUUUAAAUAAAUUGUGAAAAGUUCUGAAAUAAAGCAUGUCCAAUGUUCCAAAACACAA